GUAACUGUUGUGUGUCAACAGCAGCUCUACCAUCCUCCCACACCACAACAGUGUCGGUACUAAACACAAUGGGGCUGUAAUGUCAGCGAGGGGCGAUAUUGGAGCAUCUUCUCAAGAGUACUGAUUCUGUGUAUGGAUUUAAUGAUGAUGAAAAAAAAGAAAUUUAAGUUCAAGGUGGACUUUGAGCUGGACGAUCUCUCGUCGGUUCCCUUCGUCAACGGUGUCAUUUUUUGUAAAGUCAGGCUGCUGGACGGCGGGUUCUCCGAGGAGUCUUCUCGGGAGCCGGUGCAGGCCAACUGUGUUCGAUGGAGGAAACGGUUCUCUUUCCCCUGCAAGAUGAGUGCCAAUGCAGGGACAGGUGUACUGGACCCUUGCAUGUGCCGUGUGUCUGUCAGAAAGGAGCUGAAAGGUGGGAAGGCAUAUGCAAAGCUUGGUUUUGCAGAUUUGAAUUUAGCAGAGUUUGCCGGCUCAGGGAAUACAACCCGCAGAUGUCUGCUGGAAGGCUACGAUACCAAAAAUACUCGCCAGGAUAACUCCAUUCUCAAGGUCAUCAUCAGUACACAGCUCAUGUCAGGGGAUCCCUGUUUUAAAACGCCUCCCUCAACAGCCACAGUGAUCGGGAUCCAGGGUGAUGGAGAGAGCCUGCUGGAGGAGAGGAGGGGAGGGGAUUCACAGAAAGGCUGUUCUGAGAGUCGAGAAGGGAAGUGUCCUGUUGUUUCUGAUGAGCUCGGGGGCUGCGGCCACUCCCGAACAUCCAGCUACGCCAGCCAACAGUCCAAACUUUCAGGAUACAGCACAGGUCACUCCCGCUCCUCCAGCAUGUCAGAGUUCAGCCACCGGAGAAACCAUUCAGUGGGCAGCGCCUCAACGGGCAUCGGCAGCCUCCCAGAACCCAGCGAAGACCGAGACAGAGAGUCCAGACCCUGUCCUGCUCUGCCUGAACACCCGGUCCCCACCACCACCACUAACAACCCAGCGGGCACACCAGUACGGAGCGCCUCGUCCUGUGAACGACUCAACAGACACCCUGUGAAGCAGGACUCCAUGGAGUCUCAGCUAAAAAGAAUGGACGACACGCGGGUGGAUGCUGACGAUGUUGUGGAAAAGAUUCUCCAGAGUCAAGACUUUACACCCAGCCUACUGGACUCCAGUGCUGAAGAGGAAGGCUUGCGUCUGUUUGUUGGCCCUGGGGGAAGCACAGCCCUCGGAAGCCAUCACCUUCCCACCAGGGUUGGUGCUGGAGCGUACGAGCAGGUGGUCAUAAAGCGUUAGACCUGCAGCCUCUCAGAGGUGGACUGACACUGCUUACAUAAAAAAAAAAACUGGAGGCAAGGCUGUGUCAAUUUCACUCUGCAUUCCUACAGCACAACCGUUACCUGAUCAGCAGCACCGUCUCUGACCUGAUCAUUCUGUGAGCAGGUGACAUUACAACAGUGCCCUCCUGUGUCCAUAUCUCCUGUAUGACACUGUAGCUCCCUGAUCGAUUUUUAAGAGUGAGAGGUAAACCAUUAUUAUCUCAGUGUAAACAUACAGAUAUGAAUGAAGUGAAAUGAAACAUUGGCCAGUAACAUACAUUAACAUGUAUAUAACUGAAACGGUGUACUCCUUAUUUUCUGGGUGUAGACUAGCCUCAUCUUUUGGGGUCAACUUUGUCAUGCGGCAUCGUAAUCCAACCCAAUUUUAACUGUUAGAAACCGGAAGAAAACAAUUAAUCUUUCUCUCUAAUGGAGGACACCGGGACAGGCUAUGCGUGUGUAUCAUCAGAACAAACUGAAAUCUACACUGAAGAGGAGUAUGCAAUGCGCUUUCAAUACAUUCCUUUAGUCUCUCAGUGUUUGUUUUGGACUUCCUUUUCAAAUAGGAUGUUGUAUUUAAUAUUAGCCUAUAAGCUGCUAAAAAGUUGUAGUUGUUGGCACUCUGACAACCGUUGGCGUUUUAAAGUUGAGAGUAUUUUACUACAAAGACGAGGCAUCAGACUUAAGCUAUUUGAUGAGUGGACUGUGUGAAUGUGUACGUGUCUGCUAUGUGACAAGACCACUUUUAUUAGUAGUAACCGUUAUCCUGUUAUGUUGGAUGAGUGGAGGGAUGUGACAUGAUCUCUUGUAAGGAAUGCUAUAUUGGUACUUGCAAAAAGAAAAUGGGAGAACAUGACAAUUUGCUUUCUAGUAAUCGUAACAGGUCCUUGUUCUCAUUUGUUUGCGGAGCAAUGUUUUAGAAAAUCCUGCACUAGUAAUCUGCCCUACAAAGGCAAAACACAGCAACAUAUAUGUUCAACACUUUUUGUUCAAAGAGUUUUUUAAUCCAACUUUCUGACUAUACUGAUAUUGGUAAUCCAGUUUCUUGAAUUCAGAUUUUAGUAAACUCUAAAAAUCUUUUCUUUUGACUCUAGUGACAUUCAUGUGCUUUGGUGUGAUUAAGAUACCUUCAGUCUUUCACUAUAUAUUCAUAUUAAUAAUAGAUGUACAGACACCCAGCAAAACGGAUACAUUUAAUUAUCAUAAUUUAAAGACUGAAUAAUGAGAAGUUUAUUUUCGUAAAUAAAAAUAGUUUAAAAGAACAGAAAAGCUGAAAAAACACACUCUGUUGGUACAUACUGUGUUUUCCCCCUAAGUUACUGCUGUCUGCCUUUGUAGGGCAGUUGAUACCGAAAAUAAAAAAGGGGCUUCUGUGAUGGAUAUUCCUAUAGAAGGGCAUAUAUCUAAUGCCAAGCAUUUUAGCUAUGUAUCUAUUGUAUACCUGUGCUUUGCAACUUAACUACAUCUUUCUGAGCUGGCCUGUUGAACAGGAAGCUUACAUCAGUGAACAAAUGGAAGAUCCUGUGACGUACUCACAAUUUUUAAUUAAUGUGUAACUGAAGCAUACUGUCAUUUGUUUCACUUAAGGAUUGUACAGAGGACUAGUUAAGUAAUCCACUGCCAUAAGGAAAAUACUCAGCAGCACCUGUUUUUAAAAAGGCCUAGAGUACUAGUUUUGUGCGUGUAUCUAUACCUCCUAACAUCUUAACUGUAAGAUUUGAGAACAGUCUUAAAACUAGUAUAAUUAACCAAUGCAAUCAUAGUCUCACUAGGGCUGUAGCGAUACACUAAUCUCACGAUACGAUACGAUACAUGAUAUUCAGCUCACGAUACGAUAUAUA